AUGUUUCAGGCAUUAAAGAAGAUUGCUAGUAGAAGUACAAAUGAAGAGAAUCGCCCUACACCUCCAACGGGUGUUCAGGUCAUGGAUCAGACCUUGAAAAAGAAAUAUGCUCGUGGAGUACAAUAUAACAUUAAAGUUAUUAUCAAAGGUGACCGAAAUACUGGCAAGAGUUGCUUAUGGAAUCGAUUACAAGGUCGACCCUUCGCUGAAGGAUAUACACCUACCAACGAGAUUCAGGUUGCAAACAUACACUGGAAUUACAAAGCUAGUGAUGAUGUCGUAAAAGUCGAAGUUUGGGACGUCGUCGACAAAGGCCGUGCAAAGAAGAAAGCAAAUGCCAGUUUAAAAUUAACAAAUAAUGAAGUAGACGAUAAAGAUGAUACGAACGAACGAGUACUAGAUGCAGAAUUUGUUGACGUUUAUAAGGGAACGAAUGGCGUGAUUAUGUUAUUUGAUAUAACGAAGCCUUGGACUUUCCAGUACGUUGAAAGAGAGCUACCAAAAGUUCCUAAGCAUCUACCUGUUUUAAUCCUGGCGAACUGCCGUGAUAUGGGUGAUCAUAGAUUAGUUACCGAAGAAGAAGCUAUAGAAUGGCUGAGGCAGUUCGACGAUCGUGAAGACUCGGCCUCCAUUAGAUACGCCGAAUCUUCAAUGAAGAACGGAUAUGGACUCAAAUAUCUCUAUAAAUACUUUAAUUUACCCUAUUUGCAUCUGCAGAGAGAAACACUACUGAAACAAUUAAAAAUUAAUACUGAUGAUAUUUCGGUUAACAAUACAUUAUUUUUCCUGCUAAGAAAUUUUCCUAUAUCCCAACAUUCCCUUAGCAUACCUUUUAUCUUUUUCUCUAACGAAAUACAGGCUGCAAUCGAAGAGCUAGAUAUCCAUUUAGAAUCCGAAGAACAAAAUUAUAAAUUAUUUCUUAAGGAAAUAGAUAAAAAAGCUAAAGAUAGAACCCGUGUGGCUACUCCAGCGCAGCAAGAUCAAACUCUCAGCAAUUCAAGUACGAGAAAUCAAAGGAAGGAGAUUCCUAGUCAGCAGCCAAGUCCAGCCCCCGCAGCAGCAAGAGCAAACGUGGAAAAACCGACGCCACCUCCUCAAAAGUUGUCUCCGAAGCCUAAAGCGAAGGAGCUAUCUCAAAAUGUUAAUAAUAGUAAAACCAAUACUAACGUCACGACUAGUGAAGACAAUAAUACAACUCAAAAGUUAUCCCUGCGAGAGAGAAUGACAGCGAAAUUAUUUAAAUCCUCUCCCAAUCCAGCAGGCAACACAAAGACUGAUGGGCCAGCAAUUGUUAUUGAUAGGACUACUAGGCAAACUGGUGCAAAUGUUGAUAGUUUCAAACCGGAAGAUGACUUAGAUAACUCCUUCCUAGAAGAUUCUAAUAAAGUAACUGAAACGACAACUGUUCCGGUUCCCGUUGACAGCAGUGAUGAUGAAGCUGACGGUAAUCCUUUGGUUACUGCCGAUGAAGAUAUCGAUUUAGAUGAAUUCGUCACUGAAAAUGCUAAUGUCGCCAAUACUAGAGAAAGCGAUGACGACGAUUUUAGUGAUAGUGAUGAACCGGAUAUUGCAAAAGAUGAAGAUUUCGUUUUACAACCUGAACCAGCUAAAAAGACUGUUGUAAAAUCGUCGUCGAAAGGACCCUUAAAGUUUGAUUUAAAAUUCGAAUAUGAUACUCCAAAGACAUCGUCCCAACCCCGUUCACCUACUUCUCCAAUUUCCCAGGCAAGCGACACGACUGAUGGUACAGAACCUCAGUCUUCAAAUCUGAAUCUCGAUGACUGGCUAAAUGAUGAUGUGGAUUUAAAUGUCAUAAAAACGGAAGAUGAACCUACUAAAAGCAAGAAAGGAAAAGGAACUAAGAAGAGUAAAAAGAAUAAAGAUACUAUGGACUUUAGCUACCCUGAUAACGCUGCUUCCCCUACAACGCAAUCAUCUCCUAAAUAUCCUACUUCCCUUGAUGAAUUUUUACAACAAGAGGAAGUCCCUGAAAAUACAGAAGUUACUAAGGAAAAGAAGAAAAAGAAAAAGAAAAAAAGUCAAGGUACCGAAGACAGUCAGGACAAGGACAAAAAGAAAAAACAUAAAAAAAAGAAAAAGAAGUCAGAAGAAAAUGAUUAUGAUGAACUGUAA